AGGAUAUCUAUUACUCUAGCUAUACAAAUUUACCCUUGAGGACUGAGCACGUUUUAUACAGCCGCGGCCGCCAAUGGACAGGAUCAGAAUCCGCUGACAUAGUGAGGAGCCGUCAAGUUCUGCUGAGUGAACAUUUAGCUGGAACAAGUCCUGGCGGUUUUUAGCAUUAGCAAUCACGAACAGUUUAUCAACAUCGACCUUUCUUCAGUUGAAAUGGAAGUUAAUAAAUCUCAAAUGGCUGAGAGGAUAUUGGACCUCACAAUGGAAAUCAUCAAUCUCCUUACUGGAGAGGAUUGUAUAAUCAUGAAGAAAACAGAUGGUACACAUGACAAACGUGGAUCUGGAGGAUGGACCAAAACCCAGAACCGCAUAACAGUGCAUCUACCUCACUCACUGAUACUUCAGAGGAACAAUGAUGAAAAGAUCUUAGCACUCACAUAUAAGAUCAUUCAUCUUAUGACCGGAGAGAAAUGGAGUUAUUUAAAAGACGACACGGAUCAGUACAGAGAUGUCAUGACGGAGAAUCACCAGCCCACCAAAGCACAAGAGGGAUCCAGCACCAGAAAUACAUCAGAGAGAUGUUCUCAUCAUUUGUAUUCCAGGGGUUAUAAGGAGGAAAAUAGUAACAACCCUGAGGAACAUUUGGAUAAAGGUUUACUCAAUAUUAAAGUAGAAGACCAGAUGUGUACAGAUGAGAAGAUUCUUACAAAUAUCAGCUCAGAUCUGGACACAUCCUGUUACUAUAUAUACUCCUUAUUCUUAACCUACAUGUCUCUGCCCUGCAUGAUUGAUGUACAAGACUUAAUGCUAAAAGCCAAACCUUGUAUGUUAAUCUGGCAGGGGAGGGAGGAAGUGUGCAUGCUGCAGCUAAGCCCAGCCUCUCUGUCUCUUGAGUGCCUAGAAGUUAACUAG